GCCCGGCGGGUGGAGACCAGCCCACAACUCACCAACGCCGACCAACCCAACCCACAGACCACCCCACCACCACUCCCCCCAGGAGAGCGAGCGGUAGCAUGACCGGCGGCGGCGAGGAGGCGCUGAGGCGGGAGUACGUCAUCGGCGACGAGAUCGGGCGCGGCCGCUUCGGGACCGUCCGCCGCUGCCACGCCGCCGCCACGGGGGCGCCCUUCGCGCUCAAGUCCACGCCCAAGGCGCCGCUGCGGGCGCUCGAGGCUGACCCGCUCGACCUCGCGCUCGCGGAGCAGGAGCCCAAGGUCCACCUCCUCGUGUCCGCGCCGCCGCCCGCCAGCCGCCACCUCGUCGCGCUCCACGCCGCCUUCGAGGACGCCGACGCCGUCCACCUCGUGCUCGACCUCUGCGAGGGCGGGGACCUCUUCUCCCUCGUCUCCGCGCGGGCCCCGCUCCCGGAGCCCGAGGCGGCCGACCUCGCCGCCCAGCUCGCCGACGCGCUCGCGGGCUGCCACCGCCGCGGGGUCGCGCACCGCGACGUCAAGCCCGACAACCUCUUCUUCGACGCCAGCGGCGCGCUCAGGCUCGGCGACUUCGGCUCCGCGGCGUGGUUCGGGGACGGCCGCCCCAUGACCGGGCUCGUCGGGACGCCCUACUACGUGGCGCCCGAGGUUGUGGCCGGGACCGAGUACACCGAGAAGGUGGACGUGUGGAGCGCCGGGGUGGUGCUCUACGUCAUGCUCUCCGGGACCGUGCCCUUCUACGGCGCCACCGCGGGGGAGAUCUUCGAGGCCGUGCUCCGCGGCAACCUGCGAUUCCCGCCGCGCGCCUUCGCGGGGGUCUCGCCGGAGGCCAAGGACCUCAUGCGCCGCAUGCUCUCCAAGGACGUCUCCCGCAGGUUCUCCGCCGAGCAAGUCCUAAGGCACCCAUGGAUCGUGUCCCGCGGGGGAAGUGCGGCGGUGGCCUGCUGAUUCAGAAUUCAGAUGCCCCGUUUCAUCCAUCUGCAGUGUAGAUAGAUAGUGGCGUUCGUCCAAGAGGAGUGGAGCCACAUUUUGCAGUUGAUUUUUGCUUCGUUUCUGGCAAUCGUCGAUGGACACUUGUGCCGUAGUUUGCUAGUAAUUAGCAGCAGUAGCAGUAAUCUACCAUAGGCCAGGGCUCACACUCAUGAAGCAGGUCCUGAGUUUGUUAAUGCCGUUCGUCUUGUUUGCUCUCUGUAACCCAUGUACAGUCUUCUUCCUGCUGAAGAAGAGAGAACUAGACUUGUUCUGGAGAAAAUAGACCCCAAAAAACCGGAAAAAAAAACUUAUGUACAGUUCAGUCGCGUGUUUCUUCCAUUUUUCUAGCAAAUUUCUGCGCUUCCUAUAUCUGAACCUUGGAUGAAUA